AUGUCUGGCAUCAAGCAGCUCAUCGUCCUCGCCCUCGCGCUCCCCACCGCCCAGGCCUUCUGCUGCUUCUGGUCGAGCACCAACGACGCCUGCGAAUGCGACGCCGUGGCCUCGGACGGCUCCUGGUGCGCCGCCUCGGAAGACCAAUGCCUUCAGUGCGGCGACGCGCAGUGGUGCGACGACGAACCGGAGGAACCCGAGGACACGUGCAAGGGCGACUACUCCGCGUGCCAGGGCUGCGGCGGCGAGCAAUGCACCUACUGCUCCGCGGAGCAGGACGUGAACUGCUGCGUCGCCGAGGGCGGCGACCUCUACGAAUGCUGCGAGGCCUCGGCCCCGUUCUCCUGGCGCUACUCGAUGAACGAGUGCGACUCCGUCGCGCACAAGACCCCCGAGCCGACGCCGGCGGAGCCGAGCUGCAAGGGCGACUACUCCGCGUGCCAGGGCUGCGGCGGCGAGCAAUGCACCUACUGCUCCGCGGAGCAGGACGUGAACUGCUGCGUCGCCGAGGGCGGCGACCUCUACGAAUGCUGCGAGGCCUCGGCCCCGUUCUCCUGGCGCUACUCGAUGAACGAGUGCGACUCCGUCGCGCACAAGACCCCCGAGCCGACGCCGGCGGAGCCGAGCUGCAAGGGCGACUACUCCGCGUGCCAGGGCUGCGGCGGCGAGCAAUGCACCUACUGCUCCGCGGAGCAGGACGUGAACUGCUGCGUCGCCGAGGGCGGCGACCUCUACGAAUGCUGCGAGGCCUCGGCCCCGUUCUCCUGGCGCUACUCGAUGAACGAGUGCGACUCCGUCGCGCACAAGACCCCCGAGCCGACGCCGGCGGAGCCGAGCUGCAAGGGCGACUACAGCGCGUGCCAGGGCUGCUCCGGCGAGCAGUGCACACUCCGCCGCCUCCGCACGAACGACACAAAGGCAACGAUGACCGUCUCCUCCGCGGACCUGCUCUACGACCCGCAGGUCUGGUGCUACUUCGCCAUCCUCGGCUGGUCGCUGCGCGGCCAGGUACGACGCGCGACGCGCCGGGGCCUCGCCGCGGCCUGCGCGCUCGUGGGCAUCACCUGGUUCUACAUCUUCCGCUUCACGCUCGCCUACAAAAACGGCGGCGGCGCGAACCUCUUCGACGACGCCUACGCGGACGUGCUGCGCGGCCCGCACGCGCGGAGCUCGUGCCAGCUGCUCACGUGGGUCGUCGUCGCCUUCACGCUCGCGCCGUCCAGGGACGUGCUCUGGACGGGCAUGCUCGGCGCCAUGUCCGCCGCCUACUCGCUGUCGCCGCCGGACCUCGCGCCGCCGGCGCGCGUCGCGACGCUCGACGCGGCGUGCGCGCUCGCGAGCCUGGCCUGCGUCGCGUCGCUGCCGCGGCUCCUCGACGCGCCCGCGGCCUUCGGCGCCGUCCUCAAGGCGCUCCACGCGCUCCUCGUGCUCCCGCGCUACGCGCCGGCGCUGCCCGGCUCCGUCGACGCGACGGUCUUCUACGGCGCCGUCGCCGUUUUGGUCGGCGCCCGGCGCGACCGCGUCUCCGCCGUCCCGGCGACGGACUGCCAGGCGUCGAUCUUCGUGGACCUCGUCGCCUGCGCGGCCCUGAGCGUCGCGGCGGUCCGCCGGCGCCGCGGGCCGGGCGUCGCCGCCGCGUUCGCCGCCGCGUCGCUCGCGCUGUCCCCCGGCGGCGCGCUGGCGCUCUACCUCGCGCUCGAGAGCGCCGCCGCCGCCGCCGCGCCGCGCGAACGGACGGCGGCGCGCUUCGGCCGCGUCCUGGUCGUCGGCGCGGGCGCGUCGGGCCUCGCGCAGGGCAGCAAAAGGGUGCGAAAUUCCCAACUUCAAAGGCUCAUAUCUCGGCCGUUUUCCACUCGCCUCGCGACGGCGAAGACGCUCCUCGAGCACACGGACGCGGACGUCGUCGUCGCGGAGCGCGCCGGGACCGUCGGCGGCGUCUUCGCGGACGCCUACGAGGGCGCGCGCAUGGUCUCGUCCAAGUACGUCACGGCCUUCUCCGACUUCCGGCUCGGCCGCGGCGCGGAGAGCCACCUCGCGCUCGACGACUACGUCGCCUACCUCGAGCGCUACGUCGACCGCUUCGGGUUGGCGCGGACCAUCGAGUUCGGGACGACGGUGCGCGCCGUGGCGCGGGCGGGCGGCCGCUACGCGGUGGAGACGGAGGCCGGGGGCGUCGCGCGGACGCGCUCCUUCGACCGCGUCGCCGUCUGCUCCGGGCUCCACGCGCACCCGAAAACGCCGGCGCUGUCCGGCCGCUUCCGCGGCGACGUCUUCCACAGCCGGGACUACGCGUCCCCGGGCCGCUUCGCGGGGAAGCGCGUCGUCGUCGUCGGCGCCAGGGCAGGACAAGAGAGCGAAAUUCCCAACUUCAAAGGCUCAUAUCUCGGCCGGUUUCCACUCGUCGGCGCGGGCGAGACGGCCUUCGACGUCGCCCACGGCGCCGCGUCCGCCGGCGCGCGCGCCGUGACCAUGUCGACGCGGCGCGGCUUCGUGUCCGUGCCCGCGUCGUUCGGCGAGGGCGUCGCGCCCCUGGACUGCAUCAUCGCCAACGCGGGCACGCACUGCUGGGAGAGCGCGUGGGCGCGGCGCGUCGGCCUCCACUGGUGGAUCACGACGAAGUUCCAGCGGCUGGGCAUGCUCAUCCUCGGCGGAUCGUCCACGGGCUGGAACCAGUGGGUCGGCGCGAGCGUCCACAUGGACUGGACGGAGGGGCGGAAGCACAUCGUCAACAAGGCGACGAAGUGCAUGCCGCUGCUGAACCGGAGCGCCAAGGGGCCCGCGUGGAACCCCUACCGCUUCUGGGACAGCGCCGCGUCCCACGUCGCCGUCGGCGUGGACCUGCUCGACAAGUACGAGCCCGUCAAGUUCGAGAGAGACGGCGUCGCGUUCCGAUCGCUCGACGGCGGGCCGGACCGCGUCGUCGAGGCGGACGUCGUCGUCUUCGCGACGGGCUACCGCCAGAAGUUCCCCUUCCUCUUCGGCGCCGGCGCCGGCGACGACCCGCUGCCCGGCCGCCACUUCCUGAUCGACGACGCGGAGCCGGACCUCGCCUUCAUCGGCUUCGUCCUUGCGAUGCCGCUCCGCAUUCUCACCGCCAUCGCCCUCCUCUCCGCCGCCCACCAGGGCAUCCAGGUCGCGGCCUCGUCGUCGAACCUCGGCGCGCCGGCGUCGGACGCCGAGGCCGCGGCCUCGCUCAAGGGCCGCUUCCUCCGCUCGUCGGCGUCGGCGCAGGACCUCCUCGCGGCCAAGGAGCCCGCGCAGCUCGACGACAUCUCGCACGGCCAGGAGUCGCUCGUCGCGCUCUCCGGCGACUCGUCGUCUUCGGACGCCGAGGCCGCGGCCUCGCUCAAAGACCGCUUCCUCCGCGUGUCGACGUCGGCGCAGGGUCUCCUCGCGGCCAAGGAGCCCGCGCAGCUCGACGACAUCUCGCACGGCCAGGAGUCGCUCGUCGCGCUCUCCGGCGACUCGUCGUCUUCGGAUGUCGAGGCCGCGGCCUCGCUCAAGGGCCGCUUCCUCCGCUCGUCGGCGUCGGCGCAGGACCUCGUCAAGUCCAAGGAGCCCGCGCAGCUCGACGACAUCUCGCACGGCCAGGAGUCGCUCGUCGCGCUCUCCGGCGACUCGUCGUCUUCGGACGCCGAGGCCGCGGCCUCGCUCAAAGACCGCUUCCUCCGCGUGUCGACGUCGGCGCAGGGUCUCCUCGCGGCCAAGGAGCCCGCGCAGCUCGACGACAUCUCGCACGGCCAGGAGUCGCUCGUCGCGCUCUCCGGCGACUCGUCGUCUUCGGAUGUCGAGGCCGCGGCCUCGCUCAAGGGCCGCUUCCUCCGCUCGUCGGCGUCGGCGCAAGGCCUCCUCGCGGCCAAGGAGCCCGCGCAGCUCGACGACAUCUCGCACGGCCAGGAGUCGCUCGUCGCGCUCUCCGGCGACUCGCCGUCUUCGGAUGUCGAGGCCGCGGCCUCGCUCAAGGACCGCUUCCUCCGCUCGUCGGCGUCGGCGCAGGGCCUCCUCGCGGCCAAGGAGCCCGCGCAGCUCGACGACAUCUCGCACGGCCAGGAGUCGCUCGUCGCGCUCUCCGGCGACUCGUCGUCUUCGGAUGUCGAGGCCGCGGCCUCGCUCAAGGGCCGUUUCCUCCGCUCGUCGGCGUCGGCGCAGGACCUCGUCAAGUCCAAGGAGCCCGUGCAGCUCGACGACAUCUCGCACGGCCAGGAGUCGCUCGUCGCGACCUCGGCGAUCGAGUUUGAGGAUUCGAUGUCCGAAGAGCAGAGCGCGCGCCGUCUCUCCGACGAUUACUGCGAGGACACGUCCGGGUCGGCUCUCGACUCCUUCGGCGACUCGUGCGACUGGUACGACGGCAGGACGAGCUGCGGCAACUUCGACGAUUCGGACUUCGAUGCGAAUGCCAUGUGCUGCGCUUGCGGCGGCGGGAGCGACUACAGCGACGGCGGGAGCCGCUACAGCCAUUGCGAGACGAUCAAGGUCCCCAACUACCAGCAAUUGGAUCAUUGGUUCUGGCGGAUGCGGAGCAGAACCAGCGGCGCCAGCACGGACACGAUCAUCGUCGCGGCCGCGGCCGUCGCGGCCGUCGUCGCGGUUGCCAUCGCCUGCGUCUGCAUCAAGCGCCGCCGGCCCAAGGCCGCCGCGGCUCGCGCGGACUUCAACGUCGAGGCGCCUCCGGAUCGCGACGAGGCUUUCGCGGGCGGCGCGUGGAACGUCGCGGGCGCGGCGCGGUAUUCCGCCUCGACGAAGACGCCCGCGCCCAGCGCGCGGGACCAGCAGCUGAUGCGCGAGUCGGAGGGCGUCGUCGCGCGGGGCAUGACCGCGGCCCGCGUCCUCCUCACGGCGGGGCGCGUGAUGCCGGUCAUCGGUCCGGUCUGCGAGGCGGCCCAGGACAUCCUCCGCUCCGUCGAGGAGCACUUGCGUAAGUCGGACGACGUCUUGAUGGCCGGGCGAAGGGUCGUCGACGUCCUCGGCGCGUUGCAGCAGAUGUCCGCGAACGCCGCGAAGCUCGAAUCCGGGAACGCGGACCUCGUGGAGUCGAAGAUGCGAAAGCUGAAAUGCCUCCUGUGCGACUUUAAGCUGGCCGUCGACGCCUUUGGACGGGAGGGCUGGCUCAAGCGCGCUUUCCUCCAGAGCGGGCGCGUCAACUCGCUGACGAAGCUCGACAAGGAGAUCACGACGUGCCUCGAGAGCCUCAAGCUCGAUUACAAGCUCGCGAUGGACGCCGAGAUUCUCGAGCGCACAUAUCAGAUGGAACAGUCGAUCGCGAUGCUCGUGGCGAAGCGCUGCUCCGAGACCCACGAGGACUCGGCCGCGGCCGCCGCGAUCCUCGCGCGGACUCCAGGUACACAAAGGUUUUUUGGAGUAUAUGGAGCUUCUCGAAAGAAGCAUCAAUUCUGA